GCACUGCUGGCUGCACUGGUGGGUGGCACUGGUGGGCAGCACUGGUGGGUGGGCACAGGUGGGUGGCACUGGUGGGCACAGGUGGGUGGACACAGGUGGGUGGCACUGCUGGGCAUAGGUAGGUGGCAUUCUGGGCACAGUUGUGGGACACUGCAGAGUGGCACAGGUGGGUGCACUGCUGGGCACAGGUGGGUGAUCUGCUGGGCAGCAGUGGGCGGAGCUAGUGGGGGCGCACUGCUGGGCACAGGUGGGCGGAACUUGCGGGUGGCACUGCUGGGCACCGAU